AUUAAAUAUUUGUUUCUUUCUGGUGGCAACUCUUACAUUUCAAAUCAGCUGGAAACGAAAUCGAAAGCCCGACCAAAAUAUUGAUUAGCAAUAACUGUAGCUUUAGCUUUAGCGUAGCAAGUCCGAUUGAUUAGCUGUAGACAUGGACUUCACGGGCUUCGAAGUGCGCAAGUGCCCGCCGACUGCCAUGUACAUUCCGAACUUCAUCACAUCCGAGGAGGAGCAGCGUAUCCUUAGCCACAUCGAGCGUACACCCAAGCCGCGCUGGACCCAGCUGCUCAACCGGCGGCUGGUCAACUACGGUGGUGUCCCUCAUCCCAACGGAAUGAUUGCAGAGGAGAUACCCGAUUGGCUGCAGACUUACGUCGACAAGGUAAACAAUCUGGGCGUUUUCGAGUCGCCUCAGAAUGCCAAUCAUGUGCUGGUCAAUGAGUAUCUGCCCGGGCAGGGCAUCCUACCUCACACGGACGGGCCGCUCUUUUUUCCUAUUAUAUCGACGAUCUCGUGCGGUUCGCACACGGUACUGGAGUUUGCAAAGCGGGAAACGGAGGAUGAUCUACAGCCGGCGCCGCGUGAGGUCCUCUUCAAGCUGGUGCUGGAACCGCGCAGCCUGCUCAUCCUAAAGGACACGCUGUACAGCGACUAUCUACACUCCAUAGCAGAGAACAGCGAGGAUGUGCUCUGCGAUCGCAUCUGCAACUAUGAUCUGUGCGAGAACACCUACAAGAUUGGUGAUCACCUAGUUCGCCGCUCGCCUCGCAUUUCCCUCACUAUCCGCAACGUGCCCAAGACGAGCAAGAUGAAGCUCAAGUUUUGCUAGGGCGGCAGGUCCUACCCGUCAUUCUGCACUUACAUACAUAUAGAUGUUGUUGAUGUUGACUAAACGCACGUUAAGCUGAAGACCCACUGAAGUCAGGUGGCAUCCUGGAGGAGAUCUUGGCA